CGAGAAUCCAAUUCUCAAUUUGCAUACGAAACUUUCAAGAGACUUCCAAGUCCUCUCACAAGCCACAACUAUACUGGCUCUCUUAUAUACCAAAUCCUCCUAAAAAAGAGAGAAACAUAACAAAGCAAAGAAGGACUGUGUUUGGAAAUGGAGCGACAAAAGAGCAUGGAGAAAGGGCUACUGAAGAAGAGCUUAAGCAUACAAGAACGAGAGAAGAAGUUCCCUAACGAAGACGUUUUCUUAGAAACAGGAUUAUCGAGGAAAUCCCCGAGAGAGGUUAUCAAGAAAGCUCAAGAAGACGAUGGUGAAUGUCGUGUUACCGCCUCUGUUUUCCUCAGCACAUUUGUCGCCGUGUCUGGCUCCUUCUGCACUGGUUGUGGCGUGGGUUUUUCAUCGGGUGCGCAAUCAGGGAUUACCAAAGAUUUAUCUCUCUCAGUUGCUGAGUACUCAAUGUUCGGGUCGAUUUUGACACUAGGAGGUUUGAUUGGUGCAUUAUUCAGCGGUAAAGUCGCCGAUGUCCUGGGAAGAAAGAGGACGAUGUUGUUUUGCGAAGCCUUUUGCGUUACAGGCUGGCUUGCGGUAGCAUUGGCUCAGGACGCAUUAUGGCUGGACUGUGGAAGAUUGUUACUUGGAAUCGGCGUUGGUUUAUUUAGCUACGUGAUCCCGGUCUAUAUAGCCGAAAUCGCACCGAAACAUGUCCGUGGUUCGUUUGUGUUCGCCAAUCAAUUGAUGCAAAAUUGCGGUAUUGCGCUCUUCUUCAUCAUUGGCAAUUUCGUUCCAUGGCGAUUAUUAGCAAUAGUCGGGUUUGUGCCAUGUGUGCUCCACGUUUUUUGCUUAUUUUUCAUUCCCGAGUCUCCCAGAUGGCUAGCGAAAAAAGGUCGUGAUAAAGAUUGCCGAACUGCUUUGCAAUGUCUAAGAGGACCUGACGUCGACAUUUCUCGUGAAGCAAACACAAUCAGAGAUACCAUAGAAAUGUCUGAAGUCCAUGGUGAAACUAGAAUGGCUGAAUUGUUUCAGAGACGAUAUGCAUAUCCGUUACUUAUCGGAGUUGGCUUAAUGUUUUUGCAACAAUUGAGCGGGAGCUCCGGUGUAACCUAUUAUGCAAGUAGCCUCUUCCAAAAAGGAGGUUUUCCAAGUGCUGUUGGCACAUCUGUAAUAGCCACUCUGAUGGUUCCGAAAGCAAUGCUGGGAACAAUCAUAGUCGAUAAACUUGGGAGGAGAACGCUCCUAAUGGCUUCUUGUGCUGGGAUGGGGUUGAGUGCUUUGCUCUUAAGUGUUUCCUACGGUUUCCAGUCAUUUGGAAUUCUCCCAGCUCUCACUCCAAUCUUCACUUGCAUUGGCGUAUUGGGUCACAUUGUGACAUUUGCGUUGGGAAUGGGAGGACUACCAUGGAUUAUAAUGGCUGAGAUAUUUCCCAUGAAUGUAAAAGUGUCAGCUGGAACCUUAGUUACCGUGACUAAUUGGUUAUUUGGUUGGAUCGUCACUUAUACUUUUAAUUUCAUGUUAGAAUGGAAUGCAUCAGGGAUGUUCUUCGUCUUCUCAAUGGUCUCAGCCUUUUCGAUUGUAUUUGUAUACUUUCUGGUACCAGAGACCAAAGGCCGAUCACUUGAAGAAAUACAAGCAUUGCUCUCCAACUAUGUACAAUAAUUUUGUUCUGCGUAAAAUGAUCGUAUUAAUCGAUUGUUGUAAUUAAAGAGAAAAAUCGAUUAUUAUGAUUUCUGUGAGUUUGAAUGAGAUUUGUCACUUGUGUAUUGAUCGAGUUUUGGAUGGGAUGGCAGCACCAAUUUUCUCUAUUUCAUGUUUGGGAAACAAUGCAUGGUUUGAUUAAACGAUAUUUCUC